AAUGGGCAGCCUCCAGCUGGGGAUUUUCUAGCCGGAGCUGGGAGGUUCAGGCUGCGGGAAGUCGCUGGAGGGAGAGCUGGGGUCGUGGCUGCAAGGGUGCCCAGGUUCCUGCAGAGCGUCUGCAGGAAGCCCAGCUGUUUGAGGUUUGAGGGCAGAGCCCAGCUGGGGCAGGCAGAGUCAGAGAGGACUCGUUUCAGACUCCCCCCUCUGAGGACUCCCUCCGUCUGAUUUCAGCAGCUGCCUGCUCCUCACCUGGCUGCAGAGACCACACUGCCUUCCUGGGGCCCUGAGGCUCUAGGAGAAGCUGGAAAGCACAGGUGGGGGUCCAUCCAGCUGUUUCCAAACUGCGGGUUGUGACCCAUUCAUGGGUCAGUAAAUCAACUUCGUAGCUCAUGACCUGCAUUUAAAAGAUUGAAAUAGAAUAGAAAUGAUCAGAGUGCAUGGCAAGAAAUAGGGGUCUUGCCCACCACCAGUGAUGCCCAGCCCUUGGUAGAGCUUGAACCACCUUCUAUAAACAGGAUGGCGGUGGAGAGACAGGCCCAGUCCUUGAGCCCAUGAGGAGUGUGGCCCCUUCAGGCCCAAAGAUGGGGAACAUCACUGCAGACAACUCCUCGAUGAGCUGUACCAUCGACCAUACCAUCCACCAGACGCUAGCCCCAGUGGUCUAUGUUACGGUGCUGGUGGUGGGCUUCCCGGCCAACUGCCUGUCCCUCUACUUCGGCUACCUGCAGAUCAAGGCCCGGAAUGAGCUGGGUGUGUACCUGUGCAACCUGACGGUGGCCGACCUCUUCUACAUCUGCUCGCUGCCCUUCUGGCUGCAGUACGUGCUGCAACACGACAACUGGUCUCACGGCGACCUGUCCUGCCAGGUGUGCGGCAUCCUCCUCUACGAGAACAUCUACAUCAGCGUGGGCUUCCUCUGCUGCAUCUCCGUGGACCGCUACCUGGCUGUGGCCCAUCCCUUCCGCUUCCACCAGUUCCGGACCCUGAAGGCGGCCGUCGGCGUCAGCGUGGUCAUCUGGGCCAAGGAGCUGCUGACCAGCAUCUACUUCCUGAUGCAUGAGGAGGUCAUCGAGGACGAGAACCAGCACCGCGUGUGCUUUGAGCACUACCCCAUCCAGGCAUGGCAGCGCGCCAUCAACUACUACCGCUUCCUGGUGGGCUUCCUCUUCCCCAUCUGCCUGCUGCUGGCGUCCUACCAGGGCAUCCUGCGCGCCGUGCGCCGGAGCCACGGCACCCAGAAGAGCCGCAAGGACCAGAUCCAGCGGCUGGUGCUCAGCACCGUGGUCAUCUUCCUGGCCUGCUUCCUGCCCUACCACGUGCUGCUGCUCGUGCGCAGCGUCUGGGAAGCCAGCUGCGACUUCGCCAAGGGCGUCUUCAAUGCCUACCACUUCUCCCUCCUGCUCACCAGCUUCAACUGCGUCGCUGACCCCGUGCUCUACUGCUUCGUCAGCGAGACCACCCACCGGGACCUGGCCCGCCUCCGUGGGGCCUGCCUGGCAUUCCUCACCUGCUCCAGGACUGGCCGGGCCCGGGAGGCCUACCCGCUGGGUGCCCCCGAGGCCUCCGGGAAAAGCGGGGCCCAGGGUGAGGAGCCCGAGCUGUUGACCAAGCUCCACCCGGCCUUCCAGACCCCUAACUCGCCAGGGGCGGGCGGGUCCCCCACGGGCAGGUUGGCCUAGCCUGGGUCUCCUCGCGGGUGGGGCCACGUGAGGCCUGAGCCCUCAGUCCACGGGCCUCAGGGCCGGCCGCCUCCUGCUUCCCCCAGCACCGAUGCCGCUUUCUGCGAAGGCAGCGAGGCCCCUGUGACUCCAGAAGCCUGCUCUCGCUUGCUGAGCCCGGUGGGACCGCCGAGGGCGGGAAUAAGUCCCCGCUGGCUCAUGGUGUCCUCUGCCGUGGCUGUGAUGUGGCCAGGCUGGGGCUGCUGGUGGGGGGAAGACAGUGAACUGCGCUCCCUGGCCUGCUUCCUGCAGAGUUUGUGCAUGGGGAGUGUGAGGACAUGGAGGGUGGGAGGCUGGGCAUUCACCUGCCAGGGCCUUCCAGUGCCACCGUUGUCACAGACAAUGCCUGUCCAAAUGUCCCAGUGGGAUCAGCACUGGAGCCUGCCCACAACAGGGUAGGAAGGGAAGACUGGAGGGGGAAGGAAGGCAG